AUAAUUCUGUUAGCAAAGCUAAGUAAAGUUGCACGUACAGUGCGUUAUCGAAAGAUUUAAAAAAGUAGCAUCAGGAUGGAAGCGUUGUAUAUGCAAACAAAUAGCCUCAUACAGGAAACGCAACAGUGUUUCCAACGUCUGAACGAUGCUCGUUAUGAUUCGAACGAAAUUGAGCACGAUAUUGAAAUGAAGAUUACCUCAGUUAACGGUAAUUGCGAUCGUCUCGAUGUGUUGCUCUUCAAGGUACCGGUGGCGCAACGACAAAACGCGAAAAUGCGUGUCGAUCAGCUGAAAUAUGACAUCCGGCAUUUGCAAGCCGCUCUGAAGAUGUUCCAGGACAAGAAACAACGCCGAGAAACGGAGCUGGCCGAGCGAGAAAGUUUGCUCAACAAAAGAUUCACCGCGAAUUCGGAAACAUCGAUCGAUAUCGAUUACUCCCUGCAGCACCAUAACUCCAUGCAAAACGCGCACCGCGGAGUGGAUGAAAUGAUCUGGACCGGGUCUAACGUGCUAGACGGGCUACGGUCACAACGUGAAACCUUAAAAGGUGCACGAAAACGAAUUCUCGACGUAGGUAACACGCUAGGACUAUCCAAUCAAACGAUGAAGAUGAUUGAACGCAGGCUUGUGGAAGACAAGUACGUGUUGUACGGCGGCAUGAUUAUUACGACGGUUAUAAUUUUUCUGAUUAUUUAUUUUUGGAUUCUGUAG